AUUUUAACAGCUCAUUUCCUUUCGCUUAUUUCUUGGUUGGGCUGAGCUCUUUUUUCGCCUUUCUUUUUCUUCAAAAAAUGAUAUUCAAAUCAAUAUGAACAUCUUUAUUAUAUUCUGUAUUCUGCUGUUCUUUAUUUAUGAAAUAUGCUCACUACCAACUACGAAUCGCACUAUUCGACAGUUCUAUAUAGCAGCGGAGGAAGAGCUUUGGGAUUAUGCACCUAUGCACUGGGACAAUGUCCGAGAUCUUCCCCUGACCAAAUCGCCUGCUGCGCUCUACACUGUAUAUCGCAAAAACAGGCGUAUAGGUUCAACUUACCAAAAAGCAUUUUACCGACAAUAUCGAGACGAAAGCUUCACUAAUCCUAUCGCGCAUGAUACUGUACUGGGUAACUUGGGCCCUAUCAUUCGCGCAGAAGCAGGCGAUCAGAUCCAUAUUACUUUUCUGAACCGAGCAAGAUAUCCGCAUAGUUUGCAUCCUCAUACGUCCAAUGGUCCAUCUAGAUUACCAGGCAAAUUUGUUCAACCAGGACAAACGUAUCGUUAUGUAUGGGAUAUUCCAUCUGACUAUACGUUUCCCGAGAAUCAGUCCUCUGUUGUCUGGGCUUAUUCCUCUAAGGCUUCUCCUAAAGGAGAUGUCAAUGCUGGCUUGUUAGGACUGGUGGUCAUCUAUCAAAAAGGAACAUUAGAAUACCCUUCUCCUGGUGCCAUGUUUGAAAGACCUAUAGGCAUUGAUCAAGAAGUAUUUACAUUAAUGACCAACACAGACGAAUCCGAAUCCACUUAUUUUAAAGAGUCAGGCGAACGUGUUGGACUCAGCAUGGAACGUAUGCAUGAAUUAAAGGCCCAUGAUCCCUUAUUUAGUGAAUCGAAUCGCAUGUAUCAUAUCAAUGGUUAUGUCUAUAACAACAAUAAGGUGAUCAAUUUGGUCUAUGGAUCUCGUGUUCGUUGGUAUAUCGUAUCUUUUGGCGUUUCUGAUGAAGAUGUGCAUACAGCUCACUGGCAUGGUGCUACUAUGUUGCAGCAUGGUCGUCGAGUAGAUGUGGUUGAUUUAACGCCUAUUAGUUUUGAAGUAGUGGACAUGGUGCCUGAUAAUCCUGGACAAUGGCUUUUUCAUUGUCAUGUUGCUUCUCAUUUCGAGUCUGGUAUGAGUGCCUUUUAUCAAGUAGAAGAAGUGAUUUACACAGGUGAUGAAGGUUGGGAGUGAUUUUUCCAAAUAAAAUAUUGUUUUUUUUUCUU